AUGUGGGAUAUUAAGAAGUUCCAUAAUUCACAUAUUUACCAACAAUUCAAAAUUUUAACUAGAAACUAUGCAUGUAUUGAAAAAUGUACAAAUACGAAAACUUUAAAACUUGAUUUUAAAUCUUUAGACAUUAAAUGGACUCAACGGUGGCAAGAAAUGAAAAAAAUGAAUAAAGAAUAUAAAGAACAAAGAUUAGGAAAAUUUUACGUGCUAAGCAUGUUCCCUUAUCCCAGUGGAUCAUUACAUAUGGGUCAUCUACGAGUUUAUGCAAUAAGCGACAUAAUCUCUCGUUUUCGAAAAAUGCAAGGCUAUGACGUUAUACAUCCUAUGGGAUGGGAUGCUUUUGGAUUGCCAGCAGAAAAUGCAGCAAUUGAAAAAAAUGUUUCUGCUGCAGAAUGGACUUCACAAAAUAUUAUAAAAAUGAAGCAUCAAUUUUUGAAAAUGCAUACUGAUUUUGACUGGGAAAGGGAAAUUACUACAUGUUUACCAUCUUAUUAUAAGUGGACACAAAUGCUUUUUUUAAAACUUUAUAAUACUGGAUAUGCUUAUCAAAAAGAAGAAUAUGUCAAUUGGGAUCCUGUAGAAUGUACUGUUCUUGCUAAUGAACAAGUCGAUACGUUAGGUAGAUCAUGGCGUUCUGGUGCUAUUGUUGAAAGAAAAAAAUUGAAACAAUGGUUUCUUAAAAUUACCGAUUUUUCUGAAUCUCUUCUUGAAGAUAUCUCUCUGCUUAAAAAUUGGCCCGAAAGAGUAAAAAUUAUGCAAAAAAACUGGAUUAGAAAACUAACUGGAUUUGAAUUCUCUUUCAAUUUAAAAUACAUUAAUACAAAAGAACCUCUUAAUUCACUUAAAUACAUACAUGCAUUUACGAUACGUCCUAACACUCUAUUUGGAAUUCAAUAUAUUGCUCUUUCACAAUUUCACCCUCUUGUUUCUAGUAUAGCUCUUAAUGAUCCAGAUCUUCAAAUAUUUAUAGAAGAUAUUUCAAGUAUAGGUAUACAUUCCAAAAAAGGAUUUUUAUUAAAAAAUAUAUAUGCAUAUAAUCAAUUGAUUCCUAACCGUUUUCUUCCAAUUUAUGUUGCAAAAUAUGUUUAUGACAGCUAUGGGUGUAAUGCUGUUACAGGUAUUCCUGAUUAUGACUCUCAAGAUUUUCAAUUUUGGAAAGAGAAUUCUUCAAAAGUUAAUAUAAAUGAAGUUAAUAAAAUAAGUAUUAAUAGCACAUUUCUCUCUGAGGAUUCAACGCCAUUUUUUCAAUUAUCAUCUGAAAAAGCAAAUCAGUUAAUUUUUGAGAAAAUGAAAUCAUUAAAUUUGUGUAAAACUAUUACUUACUGGAAAUUGAAAGACUGGCUUAUAAGUCGUCAACGGUUUUGGGGAACACCUAUUCCUAUCAUUUACUGCUCAAAUUGUGGUACUGUUCCUGUACCUGAAUCCGAUUUACCCGUAUUAUUACCUAAGAAAUUUAUAAUAGAAAAAACUAGUAAAUCACCAUUAGCAAAUGAUAAAAAAUUCUUAUAUACAAAUUGUCCUAAAUGUAAUAAUUUAGCUACACGGGAGACUGAUACCAUGGAUACUUUUGUUGAUUCAUCAUGGUAUUUUAUAAGAUAUACUGACCCUCAAAAUACAAAAGAACCGUUUUCUUCAGAAAAAGCAUCACAAAUUUUACCAGUUGAUUUAUAUAUUGGUGGUAUUGAGCAUGCAAUAUUACAUCUUUUAUAUUCUAGAUUUUUUAUGAAAUUCGCAGUUAAAGUAGGAUUAUUAAAGAAUAUAAACAAUGGGGAGCCUUUUAAUAGAUUAAUUACUCAAGGUAUGGUUCAUGGAAAAACAUAUAUUCAUCCUAUAAAUGGUCGUUUUUUAAAACCAGAAGAAUUGGAUUUAAAAGAUCCUAGUUUGCCAAAAAUACAGAAUUCAAAUAUAAUUCCAAAAGUUAGAUACGAGAAAAUGAGUAAAUCAAAGUAUAAUGGAGUAGAUCCUAUAAAAUAUAUUGAUAUUUAUGGCGCGGAUUGUAUUCGUGCACAUAUUCUUUUUGCAGCACCUAUUACUGAAGUUCUUGAAUGGGAUGAAACAAAAAUAAUUGGUAUCCAGAGAUGGCUUAAUAAAAUAUUCCGAAUAGUUCAAAAAGCAAAUAUUAAAAAAAGUAAAAAUAUAGAAUCAUAUCAAGUUAAAUGGAACGAUCUAAAUUCAUCAGAAAAAAAAUUAUGGAUAAUAGUCCAAAAAACAAUUUAUCAAGUUACACAUAUUUUUUCAGAAAGCUAUCAAUUGAAUAAUUCUGUUUCAUCUUUAAUGAAAUUGACGCUUAGUCUUGAAUCUUUUAAAAACAAUAUUUCCGAUAAUUUAUAUUUUUAUGUUACAGAAAUACUAGUACGACUCAUUGCACCAAUUACACCAGCUACAGCAGAGGAAAUGUAUUCACACCUUUACCUUACAGAAAAUCGAUCUAUAUUUGAUUCAUCAUGGCCAAUAGCUGAUACUUCUAUUCUAAAUGAAGAUAUUAUUAAAACAAGUGUUCAAAUUAAUGGAAAAACAAGAUUUCAUAUUAUAUUGCCACACAAUUGCACUAGUGAAGAAGAUAUCAUACGUACUAUAGUGGAAAAUGAACAAGGGAAACAAUGGAUUAAAAAUAACAACAAAAAAGAAAUAAAACGAGUUAUUGUCGCACCAGGAAAUAAAGUCAUUAAUUUAAUUACAUCAUGA